GUAGCCCCCGCUCAAUGCAACUAGAGAAAGCCCGCACACAGCAAUGAAGACCCAAUGCAGCCAAAAAAUAAAAUAAAUAAAUAAAUAAAUUUAUAAAAAAAAAAGAAAAGACUUGAUAUCUGGUAGGGCAUGGCUCUACCUUAGUUCUUCUUUGGCAUUGCCUUGGUUAAUCUUAUUAGAUCAUUACUCUUGUGAUGUUUAGAGUCAUUUUGGUCAGAUAUCAUGAUAUGUCCCGUUGCAGUUUUGCUUGUACAGAAUUAAUAGAUUCAUUUGGGGAGAACUGACAUUUUUGUGAUAUCGAGCCCUUCUGUUUAUGAAUGUUGUCUGUUUCUCCAUAGGUUUUGUUUUUUUAUGUGUGUGUCCUUCAAUGAAGUUUUAUCAUCUUGUCCAUAAAGUUACUUUUUUUUUGUUAGAUUUUGUAGGUGCGGUAUAGUUUUUGUAGCUGUUAAGAAUGCUGUUUUUUUGGUUGCUGAUUGUUAGUAUAUGGGAGUGAUAUUAAUUAGUCUAUUGACCUUGUAUAUGGCAAUCCUGUUGAACUCUUAUCAUCCCAACACUGGGUUGAUACUCUCGGAUUUUCUAUGUAGAUUGUCUCUUUUCUUCUUCUUCUUCUUUUUUAUUUUGGUUGCGUGGUGGCAUGUGGAAUCUUAGUUCUCCAACCUGGGAUCCAACCAGUGUCCCUUGCAGUGGAAGCACGGAGUCCUAACAACUGAACUGUAGCUUGUAUUUCUUUUUCUGUGACUUAAUGCAUUGGCUAGCGUCUUUGGUACACUGUUACAUAGCAGCUGGGUGAGGGAGCAAGCAUCUGCCUCUUGUCGCUGACUAAUGCUAAUGCUUCCGUUGUGUUCCCUUAGCAUUGUUAUGAAACAGACUUGAGUGCUAGGAGUGCCAGGGUCUUGGCCUGCACUCUGAGAACCACUACUCUUAUGUGUGGUAUGUAGAGUUGUGUUCCCUUUUUUGUUCUUAAUAGUAUUUUCUUUUCCAUCUUUUCCCCUUCCCCACUUUGGACUUGCCAGACAUCUGUGUAUUUUAUUAGCAUUUUCAAAGAACCAAGGUUGAGAUUAUUUUCUGUUUCUUUAAAUUGUGUUUAUUUCUUUUCAUUUUCUUUCCUUGAAUUGCUAUCUUAUUCUGUGCCUGGUUUCUUGUUGAAUGCUUAGAUUAUUAUUUCAAUCUCUUUGUUAAAAUAAGUGCAUUAAGGUUUCCCUCAGGUAAUCUUUGUUUCCAUUUCCACCUUAAUUUCCAUUUCUGUGUUUUUCUUGAAGGGGGGUCCUUUUUUAAAUCAGAUACUUCUAGUGGAACAAUAUGAAAGUUUGCCAAAUGAUAUCAGCCUUUGGAAUUUUUUGUGUUUUAUAUAUGUAUAUAUAUACACACAUUUUUUAAGGUUUAUUUUUUAUUAUUUAUUUUAUUUUUUUUUAUUCUUGGCUGCGUUUGGUCUUAGCUGUGGCACGCGGAAUGUUUUGUUGCAGUGUGCGGGCUCUUUGUUGCGGCAUGUGGGCUUCUCUCUAGUUGUGGUGUGUGGGUUUUGUCUUCUAGUUGUGGCGCGCAGGCUCCAGGGCGUGUGGACUCAGAAGUUGUGGCACGCGGGCUUAGUUGCCCCGUGGCAUGUGGGAUCUUAGUUCUCCGAGCAGUGAUCAAACCCACAUCCCCUGCAUUGGAAGGCAGAUUCUUUACCACUGGACCACCAGGGAAGUCCAUGGAAUAUUUUGAAACUUUCUUGUUUGUCUGUCUUGUUUUGAUUGGUAUAAACAUCGCUAAGGCACAUGCAGCAAAGCAUGUUCAGCUCGCAAACACCGUGCUAAGGGGAAGAAGGCAGCACAGAGUGCAAAAGGCAUAGCCCCUCUGACAGAGUCCACAGGGCGCUGAUCUGUGCUGCCAGGAGCCAGGCAGAGGUUCUCCUGGGAGGCCAGCAAGGAGGCAGAGCCUGCAGCAGUGGCAGGGCUGUCAGGGCCUGGUUCUGUGGGCCGGGCCCCUCGAGCUGUGUGUUCGAUUUGUCGACUCUGCUGUAUAAACGUCAUACUCCAAUAAAGAGGUUUAAAGAUACAGAAAAGGUUAUAUAGGUCCAUUUUGUGUAUCUAAUUGGAGAGUCUUGUGCUUCCAGUAGGGAGCAGAGUCUGCCCGGGAGGCCGAGCACUGAGGCCGGCUGCAGGAGGGGCCAGGCUGGACCUCCACAUGUUCCUCUCUCUUCCCUCAGCACCUGAGUGACUGGCUCCUGCCUCCAUUCCCGGGAAGCCCAGGGUACUAGGCAAUGGCAGCUUUGCAUUUGUCUGCCCUGCCCCAGGCUGAAGUGACCUUCGAGGACGUGGCCGUGCUCCUCUCCAGGGAAGAGUGGGGCCGUUUGGGCCCUGUUCAGAAGGGCCUCUACAGGGAUGUGAUGCUGGAAACCUACAGGAACCUGGUCUCGCUGGGAGCUGGACCUACAGGCCCCAAACCGGAGGUGAUUACACAGUUGGAGCGAGGGGAUGAGCCGUGGGUCCUGGACGUGCAGGGGAGAGAGGGACCGACCAUCGAUGGCUCAGCUCAUGGGACCAGGAGUGAGAACCAGGAGUUGACUUCAGGCGAGAUGCUCUAUGGGGAAGAACUGGACCAACUCAGGGGGAAUGUUCUCCAGGGACCUGAGCCGGGAGAAGCCUGUGAGCAUGUCAGGGAGCCAGAGGGGAACAUGGACGGGCCUGUGGAGCAGAGAGGCCCCAGGCCAGUCACACUGGCCAACAAGGAGAGUGGCCUGGAGUGUGGGGGAAACCUCAGGUUGGGGUCAAGCCCUCUCGCUGAUCAGAGACCUCACAAAUGCGAUAUAUGUGAGCAAAGUUUUGAACAGAGAUCAUACCUUAAUAACCAUAAGCGUGUACACAGGUCCAAAAAAACAAAUAUAGUUCGUGAUUUAGGGGAAGUUUUUACUGCAAAUUUAGUUGUUAAAGAAGAUCACAAAAUUCCUAUUGGGAAAAAAUUGCAUUAUUGUGGUUGCUGUGGGAAAGCCUUCAGGUACAGUGCUAACCUUGCCAAGCACCAGCGGCUGCACAGCGAAGAGAAGCCCUACAAGUGCGACGAGUGUGGGAAAGCCUUCCACCAGAGCUGCGAACUCAUCAAUCACCGCAGGAUGCACUCCGGGGAGAUCCCCUACCGCUGCGAUGAGUGCGGGAAGACGUUCAAUCAGAGGCCCAACCUCAUGAAGCAUCAGAGGAUCCACACUGGGGAGAAGCCCUACAAGUGUGGUGAGUGUGGGAAGCACUUCAGUGCCUACUCGUCCCUCAUUUAUCACCAGAGGAUCCACACUGGAGAGAAGCCCUACAAGUGCAACGACUGUGGGAAGGCCUUCAGUGAUGGCUCAAUCCUCAUCCGACAUCGUCGGACUCACACUGGAGAGAAGCCAUAUGAGUGCAAAGAAUGUGGCAAAGGCUUUACCCAGAGUUCUAACCUUAUUCAACAUCAAAGAAUUCACACUGGAGAAAAACCCUAUAAAUGUAAUGAAUGUGAGAAAGCCUUCAUCCAAAAAACCAAGCUUGUUGAACAUCAGAGAAGCCACACUGGAGAAAAGCCCUAUGAAUGUAAUGACUGUGGCAAAGUCUUCAGCCAGAGCACCCACCUCAUCCAGCAUCAGAGGAUCCACACGGGAGAGAAACCCUACAAGUGCGGUGAGUGUGGGAAGGCCUUCCACAACAGUUCCAGACUCAUCCACCAUCAGAGGUCACACCACGGAGAGAAGCCGUACAAAUGCACUGAUUGCAAGAAAGCCUUCAGCCAGGGCACGUACCUCCUGCAGCACCGGAGGAUCCACACCGGGGAGAAGCCGUACACGUGCAGCGAGUGUGGCAAGGCCUUCAGGCACAGCUCCAACAUGUCCCAGCAUCAGAGGAUUCAUCUCCGGGAAGACUUUUCCCCGUGACUGGGGGAGGCCCCUGAGGUCUGCUGUGCACUUACUGCAUGUGACCCACCCAGCCCUUUACUUGCUGUCCACAUAGUGUUGUCACAGGUGAAAGAGCAUUUCUGUCUAAUUAAAAAAAAAAUCUUAAAACAGAAGCAGUGCAUGUUCAUUUUAGAGAAAUCGAGUGAGAAACAUAAGCAAACAGGAGAAACUCCUGUAGCCUCCCCUUAGACAAAGAGAACUCACCACCACUGCGCCCGGUGUAGGUUUUGUCCAGACACACCGAACAGCAUACUCAAGAGAAGUACUGUGGUGCUUUCUGUGCAGCUCGUUUCCUCAAUCCUGGAAAACUCACACUGGAGAGAAUUCUAUGUGUUUACAUGGUUUUACACAUUGUAAAUUUUUAAAAAUUAGCAUUUUCUGUAUCACUUAAUAGAAUUGCCUUUUUUAUUGUGGUAAAAUAUAUACAACAUUACAUGUACCAUUUAAACCAUUUUUAAGUGUACAAUUCAGUGGCAUUAGAUACAUUCACAAUAUUGUAUAACCAUCAGCAAAUCUGUUUCCAAACUGUUUUAUCCGAAACAGAAACUAUGCACCCAUUAAACAGUAAUUGUCCACCCUCCCCCUUUCCAUUUUUCUGUCUCAGAGAAUUUUUCUAUUCUAAGUACGUCAUAUAAGUGAGGUCAUACAACAUUUGCCCUUUAUGUCCUGGCUUAUUUCACUUAGCAUAAUGUCCUCAAGGUUCAUCGUGUUGUAACAGGUGUCAGGACGACAUUCUUUCUUUGCAGCUGAAUAAUAAUUACACUGUUUGUAGAUACCACGUUUUGUUUACCCAUCAUUUGUUGAUAGAUUACUUGGGUGUUUCUGCGUGUUGAUUAUUGUGCAUAAUGCUGCUAUGAACAUUGGUAUACAGAUCUGUACUUGUACUUUCCCUACUUUCAGUACUUUGGGGUAUAAUCCUAGGAGUAAAACUGCUGGAUUAUAUGGUAAUUCUAUGUUUAAGUUUCUGAAGAAUGGCCACGCUUUUCCACAAUGGCAGUACUAUGUUAUAUCCCCACUAGCAAUUCACGAAGGUUCCAGUUUCUCUACAUCCUUGUCAAUGCUUGUUAUUUUUCCAUUAUUUUCUUCAUAGUCAUCCUAAUGGGUGUGAAGUGGUAACUCACUGUGGUUUUGUUUUGCAUUUCCAUGAUGACUAAUGAUAUUGAGCAUCUUUUUAUGUGCUUAUGGACUAUUUAUUUCUAUUCCUUCUUUGGAGAAAUGUCUAUUCAAAUCCCUUGCCCAUUUUUGAAUUGAGCUGUUUGUUUUUGUUGUUGAGGUGUAGGAGUUAUGUAUUUUGCAUAGUAAUCCUUUAUCAGAUAUAAUAACUGGCAAAUAUUUUCUCAUUCUAUGAGUUGUCUUUCUAGUCUCUUGAUAGUGUCCUUUGAUGCCAGAAGGUUUUAAUUUUUAUGAUGUUCAGUUUAUCUAUUUUUUCUCUUGUUGCCUGUGCUCAGGGUGUCAUAUCCAGGAAAUCAUUGCUAAAUCCAAGAUUAUGAAGAUUUGCCCCUGCGUUUUCUUCUAAGGGAUUUUAUAUUUUUAGGUAUUAUGUUUUGGUCUUUGAUCUGUUUUGAGCUAAUUUUUAUAUAUGGUAUAAGAUAAGGGUCCAACUUUAAACUUUUCUGUGUGUGGUUAUCCAGUUUUCCCUAUAACAUUUUUGGAAAAGUCUUUUCUUUUACCCCACUGAAUGAUGUGUUAGCUCAAGCUGCCACAACAAAAUACCACAGACCAGGUGGCUUAAAAACCAGAAAUUUAUUUCUCACAUUUCUGGAGACUAAGAAGUCCAAGAUUGGGCUUCACUGGUGGUGCAGUGGUUAAGAAUCUGCCUGCCAAUGCAGGGGACACGGGUUCAAGCCCUGGUCCAGGAAGAUCCCACAUGCCACGGAGCAACUAAGCCCGUGCGCCACAGCUAGUCAGCCUACGCUCUGGAGCCCGUGUGCCACAACUACUGAAGCCUGUGUGCCUAGAGCCUAUGCACCACAACAAGAGAAGCCACUGCAGUGAGAAGCCUGCGCACCUCGAUGAAGAGUAGCCCCUGCUCGCCACAGCUAAAAGAAAACCCGCGUGCAGCAACGAAGGCCCAAUGCAGCCAAAAAUACAUAAAUAAAUAAAAUAAAUUAAAAAAAAAAAAAAACCAAGUCCAAGAUCAAGGUGUUGGCUGAUUCAGCUCCUGGUGAGGAUUCCUUUCCAGGCUUGCAGUACAGCCGCCUCACUGUGUCCUCACUUGGUGGAGAAAGAUCUCAGGUGUCACUUCCCUCUUCUUAUCAGGGCACCAGCCCUAUGGCAUUAGGGCCCCACCCUAUGACCUCAUUUAACCUUUAUCACCACUUCACAGGCCUUACCUCCAAAUACAGUCACAUUGGGGGUUAGAGCUUCAGCUUAUGAAUUUUGAGGGGGCACAAACAUUCAGUUCAUAACAAAUGGUCUUGGCACCCUUGUCAAAAAUCGACUGUACAGGGCUUCCCUGGUGGUGCAGUGGUUGAGAAUCUGCCUGCCAAUGCAGGGGACACGGGUUCGAGCCCUGGUCUGGGAAGAUC